GUCAUCUAUAUCUAUCUGUCUGUCUAUCUGUCUGUCUGUCUAUCUAUCUCAUCUGUCUGUCUGUCGAUCUCUCUGUCAGUCAUCUAUAUCUAUCAAUCUAUGUAUAUAUACAUCCACAUAUAUAUAUGUAUAUCUUACUUUCUACACACAUAAAAAUUUAGUCAAAAUGGGUUAUAAACCUAAAUCUAAAAAGCAAUCUGAACUUUUGAGCAAAACACAGUAAUAAAUCUUUGCACAGUGGGAUUAGAAAUGAUGUUUUAACUAUAAACACCAAGAAACAGCUGACAGAAUAAAAACUGAAAAAGUGAACCUCAUUUUAAAAAAUUGCUCUUUUAAAAACACUAAAAAGGAAACCAAAGAAUGGGAGGAAAUAUAUACAAAUCACUUGUCUCAUUAAAUAUUUGUUUCUCAAAUAUUUAAACAGCUCACCACUUAGUAAAAAGACAACUGAAUAUAUAAAUAAGCACAAAACUUGAGUAUGUCAUCAAGGGCAAUGAGCACAUGAAAGUACACUCAACAUCAUUAGUAACUAAAAAGCGGAAGACCACCAUUUUGUCCUCCCUGAAACGGCUGUGACCAGGAAACGCAACAGUAACAGGCAUUGAAAGGGAACUGGAGCCUUCCGACGGUUGGGUAUUCAUGGGUGAACAAUGAAUGGUUUGAAACUCCACUAAAAGUGAGUUUACCCUACAACCUAACGUUUCUUCUACAGAGAAAUAAAAACAGUAUGAAUAUUCGAAGGCUUUCAGGAAAGUGUCAUCUGCUGCAUUCUUCACAGGCCACGCCUAGAAACAGCCCAAAUAGUCACAGCAGCUCUGCUGAAUGAAUAAAUAUGAUAAGCUGUGUAUGUGUUGGCAUAUGCAUAUUUCUAUGCACACUUAUCACUGCAGUUUUAUACAUCUGUAUUCUCAAAUUAGCAAGGAAUUCUACAAACUCCAUAGAUAAUAUAGCACUGUCUCAAGAAUGAAUGCAUAUGUAUAAUUAAAAAUUAAUGUCUUUCUAGUUUUCAGCUCAGAUACCAUCUGGGUUGAAAUUCUAGACCUUUCUACUUCUUAGCUUUGUUUUCCUAAACUAGUUAUUCAACCUCUCAGGGGUUUACGCUUUUCAGAUACAGACAAUGAUAAUAAUUCCUCAUAUGAUUGUGGGAUUAAAUGAUACAAAAUAUACAGAGUGUUGAGCAUUGGUUUGUCACAGUGUAAGUCUUUAAUAAAUUGGAACAGUCCAGUUUCUACUCACAUAGAAAGGAGAAGGCAGCCAUUUGGUGACGUGGAGAAGAUGCCUUCUGUCCUUCCAGCUGUCAGCCUUAAAGUGUUUCACUUACUCUCUCCGUCUCAAAUUGCCAAAAUCUGUAAAUGACGGUCAAACUGUAAUUCUAAAGUACACACAACUAAGGGACCGUAUGACAGGGUUUCACAUACCACAAAGCACGCUAAUUUAUAAAUUCCUGUAUUAUCAUAGCUUCUGUCUUCAUCAUACAACCCGGGUUCAUAUUGAAAGAAGCUGUUCAUGGCCGCAGUGUCUGUGAGAAGACAUUUUCAAAACAAAGUUUCCCCUCCAACGGUUGAGCACAGAGUAGGGAGAAUCAUGUCAACUCCUAUCUGAAACACUCGCCUGUCGUCACCAGCUAUCAGGCUCAGCUAAAUAUGGCUCUGGCCACUCUGUGAAUAAUCCCUGCUGGUUCUGAGACCUCCAUCCACCACUGAUGUGACAUUCUUUGUGUUCAAAUAUCUAGCUGACGUCUGAUGCUUAAAACAGCCCAUGCUUUCAGCCUCUCCACAUUGUCAGAGCCCUGCAUCACCUCUCUUAAAAGGCUCCUGAGGCCACUCCUCACGCCAGCUGCCGACCAGCCUGACACUUGCCUCCCCGGGUCAGCCUCCGCUUGCCUUGAAUGCCUGGUUCUUUAAGCUUUUGGGGUGUCUGACGAGGUUGGGACCAUGUCUACAUUUGGCUACAGAAGGGGACUUAGUAAAUAUGAAUCCAUCGAUGAGGAUGAACUUCUGGCCUCCCUCUCGGCUGAGGAGCUUAAGGAGCUUGAGAGGGAGCUGGAGGACAUUGAACCAGACCGAACCCUUCCUGUGGGGAUGAGGCAAAAGAGUCUGACGGAGAAAACCCCCACAGGGAACUUCAGCAGGGAGGCGCUGAUGGCUUAUUGGGAAAAGGAGUCCCAGAAACUUCUGGAGAAGGAACGGCUUGGGGAGUGUGGAAAGGUUGCCGAGGAAGACAAGGAAGAGAGUGAGGAAGAACUAAUCUUCACAGAAAGCAACAGCGAAAUCUCUGAGGAGGUGUGUACAGAAGAGGAGGAGGGGCAGGAGGAGUCUCAGGAGGAAGAGGAAGAGGAGGAAGAGGACAGCGAGGAAGAGGGCAGUGAGGAAGAGGAAGCUACAACUGAAGCCACAAAACACAUUAAUGGAACUGUAAACUACAGUAGCGCUAAUUCAGAUAACUCCAAGCCAAAGACAUUUAAAAGUCAAAUAGAAAAUAUAAAUUUAACCAAUAGCAACAGUGGAAGGACACAGAGGAACACGGAGUCGCCCGCCGCCAUUCACCCUUGUGGAAAUCCCACCGUUAUUGAGGACGCCCUGGAAAAGAUAAAAAACAAUGACCCUGACACAACAGAAGUCAAUCUGAACAAUAUCGAGAACAUCACCACACAGACCCUGUCCCGCUUUGCGGAAGCGCUCAAGGAGAACACAGUCGUGAAGACGCUCAGUCUGGCCAACACGCACGCGGAUGACGCCGCGGCGAUUGCCAUCGCAGACAUGCUCAAGAUGAAUGAGCACAUCACCAGUGUCAACGUGGAGUCCAACUUCAUCACGGGCAAGGGGAUCCUGGCCAUCAUGAGAGCCCUGCAGCACAACACCGUGCUCACCGAGCUGCGCUUCCACAACCAGAGGCACAUCAUGGGCUCCCAGGUGGAGAUGGAGAUUGUCAAGCUGCUCAAGGAGAACACCACGCUGCUGAGGCUGGGCUACCAUUUUGAGCUCCCAGGACCAAGAAUGAGUAUGACGAGUAUUUUAACAAGGAAUAUGGAUAAGCAGAGGCAAAAGCGCAUGCAGGAGCAGAAACAGCAAGAGGGGUACGACGGAGGAGCCGCUCUUAGGACCAAAGUCUGGCAAAGAGGGACGCCAGGCUCUUCUCCAUACGGCUCUCCAAGGCAGUCUCCCUGGUCAUCUCCCAAAGUCUCCAAGAAAGUCCACACUGGGAGAAGCCGACCUCCAUCUCCAGUAGCCCCCCCUCCUCCUCCUCCCCCUCUUCCUCCCAACCUGCUGCCUCCUCCCCCUCCUCCCCCUCCUCCUCCACUCCCAGAGAAAAAGCUCAUCACCCGAAAUAUUGCAGAAGUGAUUAAACAACAGGAAAAUGCCCAGCGGGCCCUACAAAAUGGACAGCGGAAGAAAAAAGGGAAGAAGGUUAAGAAACAGCCAAACAACAUCCUGAAGGAAAUAAAGAAUUCGCUGAGGUCAGUGCAAGAGAAGAAAAUGGAAGACAGCUCCCGACCGUCUACCCCGCAGAGAUCAGCUCAUGAGAACCUCAUGGAAGCCAUCCGGGGGAGCAGCAUAAGACAGCUCCGGAGGGUGGAAGUUCCCGAGGCUCUGAGAUAAACCUGUCUGUAGAAGAGGACCCGGAACUGUGUAGUGGUGUGACCUGAGGUGCCUUGCAAGCUGCUUCCAAAGUGCCUUCUUUAAUCUGAAAUGUUCCCGACUUCAACAAUAGUGUCACUGUGGAAUUCCAAAGGGAAUUUUAAGAAGCAACCAGCACGUUUCUUUUGUAAAUAUGAAAAUAAACUUUUUUUUAAUGUCAUAAGAUUUAUGCAGGCAGAGGCCAGCAAGAUUUCUUUGCAGCUCUGGUAUCUCGGUGACUGAGUGCAAAUCACUUAAAGAAAUGUGCUAUUAUUUUUGUAACCCCAAUAACCUUAGAUUAAUUUUUUUCUUUUUUUUAAAAAAAGAGAAACUAUUAUUUUUCUGAGUUAAUACAUCUGCUGGCUAUGUAUGUAAUAUUGCUAAAUAUUAAAAUCAUUACGUUCUCGCACCAAAAGGGUUCAUGCUCUUAGCAUUUGCUUUCUUUCUUCAUGCCCAAGAAAUUCUAGCCAGAUCUCUUUCCAGAAGAUAAACCUCAAGAACCACAGACCCUUACCUAAGACAGACACAGACAGAAGGGCAGCCUCUCAGAUAGGAUGACAAUAUGGAUUUUUAAAUACAAAUGUGACCAGACUUAAAACACACACACACACACACACACAC